ACUCCAUCCAACCCUUUCAGUCCAACCUUCCAAUCCCUCCUCAAACCAUCACAAUGGCCUCCCGUGUCUUCGCCUCCCGCCUGGCCUCCCAGAUGGCCACCAAGGCUGCUCGCCCUGCCAUGCGUGCUCCUCUCGCCGCUGCCAAGCGCACCAUCACCACUGGCAGCCCCAUGCAGGCCAUGAAGCGCCAGACCAUCCAGGCUGCUGGCCGCAACGCCUUCCAGGCUCAGCGCCGCGCCUACUCUUCCGAGAUCGCCCAGGCCAUGGUUGAGGUCUCCAAGAACUUGGGUAUGGGUUCUUCCGCCAUCGGUCUGACCGGUGCCGGUGUUGGUAUCGGUGUCGUUUUCGCUGCCCUCAUCAACGGUGUUGCCCGCAACCCCGCUCUCCGUGGCCAGCUCUUCUCCUACGCCAUUCUGGGUUUCGCUUUCGUCGAGGCUAUCGCUCUUUUCGACCUCAUGAUUGCCCUGAUGGCCAAGUUCACCUAAAUUGUCUCUCGAGAGAUUGGAAAAGCUCCGGCCAGUGGAUGGAGCAACUAAUAUAAGGGGACGACGUUGGACCGUCCGCCACUUGGAGUUUGAUGGUUUGUCAAAUGCAAUUGGGGUGCCAACGUGCACAUAAAACGAGGAAGACGCUGCAUCAUAGACGGUGUUAGAGGUUGGGGAAGGUGGCCAUCGAUGAAAAUGGUGUCCUCUGUCUCAUAGAUCUUGGGUAAAGCCCAUCAUGCUCCUUCAUGGAGUCGAUUGUAAAAUAAAAAAAGCCUCAAUUUAUUCCGGCUCUUCGUUAAUGGAGAGUGUUGAUAUGUUC